AUGAGCUUGACGAAAGCUUACUUUCUUAUAGCCUCAAAGUGGGUUACACAUGUAUCCUGCAUUGGCUACGUCACUAAGAAAGAUAAACUGUCAAAUUUUGGCAGUCCCGACAGUAUCUUUGCCCUUUGGCUUGGGAAAUCAAAUGGACAAAUUUGCCCCUGUAUUUUGGUUUUUAGUUUUUUUUUUCCACAGACUACAAAUCAAAAUCUUUUGAGAUACAUAUAAAAAGAGAUUCAAUGGAUUUUUCAUAAGAAGAUUGGGUAAAGCCUUUACAACAAACGUAACAGGAUGAUGAUAUCCGGGGAGUUUCAUUGGAUUAUUGUUUGUAUUAACUUUAUAAUUCCGUCCAAUUUUAUCAUUCUAAUUAACUUUUACAAGAUUCAUGUGUUAUAAAUUUUUAGGAAUGGUCUUUAUACAUGUUUUACUUCUUACAUUUGCAGCAACAAAACAAUGGCUUUUUGUGAUCCAGGGAUUACAAGAUGCCUGAUAAUGAUGUUGAGUAACUCCAUUCCAUUCGUUUCGUUUCAAUUCCAUUCCAUUCUUUACUUUCCUUUUGUGAAACCAAUUGACAUUCAUUUUUGUACCUUCUACAAUUACCAACAUUUAACAUUACUUUUUUCUAUAGGAACAUAGGAAAAAUUAGAGCCGCUAUAUGUAAAUCAUUGUAUAGUUUGUUGCUAUUUCCUCUUUUUUAAUAAGAGGCUAAAAAAAUACCUUCCAACACCCGC